GACGCGUACACCCCAAAUAUUUUCAACCUGAACCAACUACGGGGAACCUUGACAAUACUUAUUGUAACCUUUAACUUAAGGAUAAAUCGGCUUUCCUCUAUAAAAGAUGUUGGAAGCUAGAUUACAACAGGCAGCUUUGUUAAAAAAGCUCCUCGAUGCCAUCAAAGAACUUGUUACUGAUGCCAACUUCGAUUGUAACGACAAUGGUAUUUCACUCCAGGCUAUGGAUAGCUCUCACGUUGCCCUUGUCUCUAUGUUAAUCAAAUCUGACGGCUUUGAACCUUAUCGAUGCGAUCGCAACAUUGCUUUAGGUAUCAACCUGAAUGCUUUGUCCAAGGUUCUUCGUUGCGCUCAAAAUGAAGACUUGGUAACUUUGAAGGCUGAGGAUACACCUGAGACUUUAAAUAUGGUCUUUGAAAGUGAAAAGAAUGACCGUAUUUCUGAUUACGCUGUCAAGCUUAUGGAUAUCGAUCAAGAACACUUGGGUAUUCCCGAUAUUGAGUACGAUGCUACCGUUACUAUGCCCGCUGCUGAAUUCCAACGUAUUAUUCGCGAUCUUUUGACUUUAAGUGAUUCUGUUCGUAUCCAUGCUAGCAAGGAGGGUGUUCGUUUCAGUUGCAAAGGUGAUAUUGGCGCUGGUUCCACGACUCUUAAACAACAUACUGAUCUUGCUGAUAACGACCAAAGUAUUGAAGUUUCCCUUACCCAAGCUGUUAGUCUAGGAUUUUCUUUGAAAUAUUUGGCUCAAUUUACCAAGGCUACUCCGUUGGCCAACCGUGUUACACUGUGCAUGAGCAGUGAAGUUCCUUUGCUCGUUGAGUACCAAAUGGAAUCUGGAUACCUUCGCUUCUACCUCGCUCCCAAGAUUGGUGAUGAGGAAGAGGACGAGUAAAAAAUGUAAUGUAAUUUGUUUUUCACUGCUUGAUUCGUCAAGUGUUUCAUUCUUUUCUUAUGUAUAAUCAAUCGAAUCUCUUACAAUGGUAUCUUACACGGGUAUAGUGUCAUACUGCCCUAUAUUUAAUAUGCAAAUUGUCAUUUUCAAUUCUCUCUUUUGUUACUUGGGUAGUCAUUAACAUUCAAAUACAAUUAUUUGAAGCUAUGCUUCUAUUCUUCAGCA